AUGUCUGAAAAUGUUUAUUUUUAUUUCACUGUUUCAUUCUGUUUAGCCAAGUCAGAGACUAUUAAAGCCCACGACAAGUUUCAANAGUCGGAAGGUCCAUGGACAGUCGGAAGGUCCAUAGACAGUCGGAAGGUCCAUGGACAGUCGGAAGGUCCAUGGACAGUCGGAAGGUCCAUGGACAGUCGGAAGUUCCAUGGACAGUCGGAAGGUCCAUGGACAGUCGGAAGGUCCAUGGACAGUCGGAAGGUCCAUGGACAGUCGGAAGGUUCAUGGACAGUCGGAAGGUCCAUGGACAGUCGGAAGGUCGGAAAGUCCAUGGACAGUCGGAAGGUCCAUGGACAGUCAGAAGGUCCACCAUAUUCAACAUCCAAAAAGGCGACAAAAUCAGAUGAACAAGAGUGUUCAAUGCUAAAACACUCAUUCAAAGGUUACCAAUAA